AUGAAGAAGUCCCGAUUUGCCACCGUCAUCGUCGCUGCUGCCGUUGUUGGCGCCGGCUUUGCCGGAUACGGCACCGCCCAGUUCGCAAACCCCGCUUAUGCCGAGGCCGUUCGGCUGGAGGCACCCGUCGCCGCGCCCGGUUUUGCAGAUGUGGUCGAUGCCGUCUCGCCGGCCGUCGUCUCGGUGCGCGUGCGCAGCCGCAUCGACAAUGUGUCCGACCGUUCGCCGCGCGGUUUCGACUAUCGCGGCAGCCCCUUCGAGGACCUGCCCGAAAGCCAUCCCUUCCGCCGGUUCUUCGACCGCGAAUUCGGUGGCCGCGAAUUCGGUGGCCGCGAUUUCGAGAACCGCCGGUUCGGCGAGCGCCAGCCCGAACGCCCGCGCCGCGCCCGUCCUGUCAGCCAGGGUUCGGGUUUCUUCAUCUCCGGUGACGGUUUCAUCGUCACCAACAAUCACGUCAUUGAAAACGGCGAAGAGUUCACCGUCAUCAUGAAUGACGGCACCGAGCUGGACGCCGAACUGAUCGGCGCCGAUCCGCGCACGGAUCUGGCCGUCCUGAAGGUCGAUGACGACCGCGACUUCACCUAUGUCACCUUUGGCGACGACAAUGCGACGCGCGUUGGCGACUGGGUGGUCGCGGUCGGCAAUCCGUUCGGCCUUGGCGGCACGGUCACCGCGGGAAUUGUCUCCGCUCGCGGCCGCGACAUCGGCGCCGGCCCCUAUGACGACUUCCUGCAGAUCGAUGCGGCCGUCAACCGCGGCAAUUCCGGCGGGCCGACCUUCAAUCUUGCCGGCGAAGUGGUCGGCGUUAACACGGCGAUCUUUUCGCCGUCGGGCGGCAAUGUCGGCAUAGCGUUUGCCGUGCCUGCCUCGGUCGCGAGCGACGUGGUUGCCGAACUGAUGGAGGAUGGCGAUGUCGAGCGCGGCUGGCUCGGUGUGCGCAUUCAGCCGGUGACCGACGAGAUCGCCGAGUCGCUCGGUCUGGCCGACGCGUCGGGCGCCAUCGUCGCCGACCCCGAAGAAGGCGCGCCGGCUGAUCGCGCCGGUAUCCGUGCCGGUGACGUGAUCACCGCGGUCAAUGGCGAUGCCAUCGACGGGCCGCGCGAUCUGUCGCGCGCCAUUGCCGGCUUCGAUCCGGGCACCGAGGUGACGAUCACCAUCCAGCGCAACGGCGACAGCCGCGACCUGGCGGUCGAACUGGGCGAACUGCCCUCGCUCCAGUCAUUCGCUGAUGCCGGCCCCGGCACCACGCCUGACACGGUCGAGCCGUCCUCGAUGGACGAUCUCGGUCUGACGGUGGUGCCGGCCGAUGACGGCGAAGGCGUGCUGAUCACCUCCGUCGAGCCCGACAGCCCGGCCUUCCAGUCCGGCAUCCGCCCCGGUGACAUCAUCCGUGAGGUCAACAACCAGCCAGUGGCAUCGGCUGCCGACAUCGAGCAGCGCGUCGCUGAAAUCGCCGAACGCGGCCGCGCGGCCGCGCUUCUGCGCCUUGAAGGCGAAGACGCCAGCCGGUUCGUCGCCGUGCCGCUGCCCCGCGGCUGA